AACGUCCUUACAUGCAAGGCUGACGCUCGGACUUGAUUGUAGAGUGCACCACCACCAUGGUAAUAGCCAGAUCACCAACUUCGGCUUGAAGCCCACAACGCGCCAAAUGAACUGUACCGUGCCCGAGCCAUGAAAUAGACACCUCGGCUGUUCCUCCGCGACCGACGAUUCAUUUGCAUCGAACCUUGUCGACACCCACCAUUGUGAAAUCGCACGAGCGUAAACACAGCUUCGAGUCCAGCACCCCCGCGGCGCAAUCAUGAGCGACUUUUCGAUGUACCACGCCCAAGGCCAGGGCUCGCCGAAUCCCAGUGCGCCGCCGAGGAAGGACGACCCUACAAGAUGGCGCCCGCCCGUCGCUGCGAGCCGUGCUGGCUAUGAGCAAGCUGGCAGUCCGUACACGCAAGCUGGAGCUCCGCAGUAUGGCUCGCCGGCGCAGCCGCAACAGCCCGUGCAGCAAGAGGGCUACUUCCCGCCCCAGGCGAGCCCGCUGAUAAACCAGGCUGGAUCGUAUCAGGGCGACCUCCACACGAACAUGUUGGCGGCGCAGAUGGGAGCAGUGGGCCUGGGCGGGGACGCGCCACCAGACCACAGGCGCAAGAAGAAGGACAGACACGCCUACCACAACCUUGAGGGGCCGGGAGGGAGUGCGCAGGCCUUCGAUGGCUUGCAGAAGCCGGGCACGCCCUCACAGUACAGCCCGCAAGUUGGUGGGCCGCAGUGGCAAGAACCAGAGAUCACGCCCGCCAUGAACCAGUUCCCUGCUGCAACACCGCUGUUCACUCCUGGAGCUGUGGCUUCGCCGAUGCAGCACGCUGCCCGGACACAUACACCACAGCCAGGCACCGCCGUCGCCGGGUCCGCGCAGGGCAAAGUUGACCCCGAGUCGAUACCGAGCAUCCCCAGGUCGCGAGACUCGCCAGCGAAGUACUACCUGGACCACAUCUACCCGACUAUGGAACACCACAUACCGCCGCCCGCCGCCGUGCCCUUCGUGGCCUUCGAUCAGGGCAAUUCGUCCCCCAAGUUCGCCAGACUGACGCUCAACAACAUCCCCAUAUCCGCUGACGCGCUCGCUGCAACAGCUCUGCCACUAGGCCUGAUACUGCAGCCACUCGCACCACUGCAAGAGGGGGAGACGCCGAUACCUGUCCUAGACUUUGGCGAGGCAGGUCCACCAAGAUGCAGGAGAUGUCGAGCGUACAUCAACCCUUUCAUGCAAUUCAAGGCUGGCGGCAACAAGCUCGUUUGCAACAUGUGCAACUUCCCCAACGAUGUACCGGGGGAGUACUUUGCACCCACCGAUGCCAGUGGCGUACGCGUGGACAGGCUCCAGCGACCGGAGCUUACCCUCGGUACGGUCGACUAUGUGGUGCCAAAGGAGUACUGGGGCCAAAAAGAGCCAGUCGGGAUGCGAUACUUGUUCCUGAUCGAUGUCACGGCAGAGAGCGUCGAACGUGGCUUUCUUGACGGAUUCUGUGCGGGUAUCCUAAACGCGCUGUACAGCGAAGCAAGCGAGGCGACCGAAGCAGCAGAGAGCGCUCUCAAGAUGCCAAAGGGCGUAAAGAUCGGCAUUGUCACAUACGACAAGGAGAUGCACUUCUACAACCUCAGCCCGAAGCUCGUCACGGCGCAAAUGCUAGUCAUGCCGGACCUUGAGGAGCCGUUCUUGCCCUUCACCGAGGGCCUGUUCGUCGAUCCUCAAGAAUCGAGGACCGUCAUCACGUCCCUGCUCACCUCGCUUCCCAACAUGUUCCGCGAGUUCAGGCACCCUGAGCCGGCUCUGCUGCCCACGCUCAACUCUGCGGUUGCUGCUUUGACUGCUACUGGUGGAAAGAUUGUCUGUUCGCUAGGUGCAUUACCCACCUUUGGCCCAGGAAAGCUGUUCAUGCGAGACGAUGGCAACGUACACAACACCGAUGCUGAGAGGAAGCUGCUUAAGACAGAGCAUCCUGGCUUCACAACAGUGGCGAAGCAGAUGGUCGAGAACGGUAUUGGAUGUGACUUUUUCCUAGCCGCACCCAGCGGUGGCUACCUCGACAUCGCAACGAUAGGCCAUGUAUCUGCAACCACUGGUGGUGAGGUGUUCUACUACCCCAACUUCCACUCACCCCGAGACAACCUCAAGUUAUCGAAGGAGAUCACACAUACCGUUAUGCGGGAAACCGGUUAUCAAGCGCUGAUGAAGGUUCGAUGCUCAAACGGUCUGCAGGUCUCUGGCUACCACGGCAACUACUUCCACCACAACUUCGGUGCAGACCUCGAGUUUGGCACCAUCGAUGCCGACAAAGCCAUCGGCGUCCUGUUCAGCUACGACGGCAAACUCGACCCUAAGCUGGACGCACAUUUCCAGAGCGCUCUUCUUUACACAACAGCCAGCGGCGAGCGCCGCGUCCGCUGCAGCAACAUCGUCGCCAGCGUCAGUCAAAGCGCAGGCGAAUGUAUGAAGUUCGUCGACCAAGAUGCCGUUAUCAACAUCAUCGCCAAGGAAGCCUGUGCGCGCAUGACCGAAAAGAGCCUCAAGGACAUCCGCGGCGCACUGACAGAAAAGACUGUCGACAUUCUCGCUGGCUAUAGGAAGAAUUUCACCGGGAAUAGUCCGCCUGGUCAGCUUGUCCUGCCCGAGAAUCUCAAGGAGUUUUCCAUGUACAUGCUCGGCCUGAUCAAGUCGCGCGCCUUCAAAGCCGGCAAGGAACCCACAGACCGUCGUGUCCACGACAUGCGCCUCAUCCGCUCAAUGGGCCCCCUCGAGCUAUCGCUUUACCUCUACCCGCGCGUCAUUGCAGUACACAACCUUGACCACGCCGAUGGUUUCGCCAACGAAAACGGACAUCUCCGCAUGCCCUCUGGCGUCCGCGCCUCAUUCUCCAAGGUCGACGAAGGAGGCGUAUACAUCGUCGACAACGGCCAAAUCUGCCUCCUCUGGAUCCAUCAACACGUCUCGCCGAAUCUACUCGAAGACCUCUUCGGCGCCGAACACAGCGAUCUCAAAUCCCUCGACCCCUUCGCCUCCUCGCUUCCUGUGCUCGACACACAUCUCAACGCUCAGGUGCGGAAUAUCUUGCAGUACCUGGAGGGGAAUAGGGCAAGUAAGGCGCUUACGGUGCAGCUGGCGAGACAGGGACUGGAUGGCGCGGAGUAUGAGUUUGCGAGGUUGUUGUAUGAGGAUCGGAAUAAUGAGGCGCAGAGUUAUGUCGAUUGGUUGGUGCAUGUGCAUCGGCAUAUUCAGCUUGAGGUAAGCAAUUCCUGAGAUCUGCCUUAAAGACCAGUAAUUGAAUAACGAAGCUAAUCUGACGGCGGAUAGCUCGCUGGGCAACGGAAGAAGAGCGAAGACAUCGACAAUAGUAGCAUGGGAAGUCAAUUUGUGGGGUUGCGGACAUCGUACUGGGGCUAAAUGGGUAGAGAACGAUGGAAGAAG